GCCAGCGCGAUUCUGACAAAGGCAUUGGACUUUAAUUCAUUCACAAAAGAGACUCGAGGGGCGACCAAAUGGCAUAAAAAUUAUUACGCGGAAAUACAAAUACUUAAGUAUUAUAAUCGUGAAGAUUUUCAGAACAUUUUCGCAAUAUUGUUCUACGACGAGUUUUGUAAUUGAGAUACUUGAGUGUUAAGUUUCAGUUUUUCACGAAGUGGAAGCCAUCGAAACACGUUACAGUUCCUUCAUUGUUGCUGUGUGAUAUUACACUUAAAAGUUUUAAGAGCAGUUCCUAUAAGGCAGUAAUGGCUGUCAAGGGGCUGGUAACAGCAAUUGUUCAAUUCUUAACCCAACAAUUAGAGGAAGGUGAUAUCACAGCAGAUUCUAGAGAAAGCCUUGAAGUGGCAAUACAGUGUUUAGAGAGUGCUUAUAAUAUACAAGCAUCUGAUAAUCCAACAAAUAUUAACUUAUAUGAAAUAUAUAAGUCUUCUAUCGAAAAUGCAAAGCCCAAUUUAGCUCCUGAAGCCACUCCAGAAGCAAAAGCUGAAGCUGAAAGAUUGAAAAAUGAAGGAAAUACUCUUAUGAAAGCUGAGAAACAUCACGAAGCUCUUGCUAAUUAUACAAAAGCAAUUCAAUUAGAUGGUCGUAACGCAGUUUAUUAUUGUAACCGUGCUGCAGCAUAUAAUAAAAUUGGCAAUUACCAACAAGCCAUUAAAGAUUGUCAUACUGCUUUGUCUAUUGAUCCUUCAUAUAGUAAAGCAUAUGGACGAUUAGGUUUGGCAUAUUCUCAUCUUCAAAAACAUAAAGAAGCUAAGGAGAGUUACCAGAAAGCUUUGGAGAUGGAACCUGAUAAUGAAAGUUAUAAAAAUAAUUUACAACUAGCAGAAGAAAAAUUAUCUCAAUCGAACAUGAACAAUAUGGGAUUAAGUGGAGGUACAUUGCCUGGCAUGGAUCUUAGUUCACUUUUGAGUAAUCCUGCUCUUAUGAACAUGGCUCGUCAAAUGUUAUCUAAUCCAGCACUUCAAAACAUGGUGAGCAAUUUCAUGACUGGGCAGGUAGAACAAGGAGGACAUAUGGACGCUCUAAUAGAGGCUGGUCAACAAUUUGCACGACAGUUACAAAACGCGAAUCCCGAGUUAAUUGAAUCUUUAAGACGACAAAUGGGAGGGAAUCCAAAUGAUCCAGAUCCACCACAACAAAAUUAAAACAACUGUGAUUAUGAUAUAUUUUAAAAAUUCUACACAAAAUGGAAAUAAUUAAAUUGAAUUGAAACACAUACAUAAGUACAGAACAAUGUGUAUCAUUUUUUAAUAUGAAAAUGUGAAAAAUUAUGAGAUUAACUUAUAUUAUCUCUAUCGUAAAAUAAUAUUCAUAUACCAUAUAUACAUAUAUAUAUUAUGCAAAUUUUCUUAUGACUUAACUAUUAAAUAAGACAUGAUAAUUUGUCUUUUGGAUGUGUGCUCAUAAUGUUUGAUAUGUGAAGAUUAGAUAAUAAAUGUCAAAAUAUAGUAAAUAUUUUGCGAAUGAGAUAGAUAUUUGAACUAUGUUGUUUUUUAUGUCUUGUAAUAUUGCUUCAAAUCUAUUUCUAUACAUAGUAAAAUACAUUUUUGUAAAAAUAAUUUUUGCUUGAUAGAUUACUACAUAUCAAAAAUUAAGAAGAAAUAUUUUUUACUUAUGGUAAUUGUAUUGUUUUUAAAUUGGUUUUGAAAAUAUUUAAAAACCUGAAACAUUUUUAAAAAAACUAUAAUGUCUUUACAAUAAAAAAAAUGUACAUAAUUAAACGCAUUCUGAAUAUAUAACAAAUCAUGUUAUUAAAUAUUUUCAAUAUAUAUCACUUUAAUCAUUUCGCAAUUGAUAUCACAUAUAAUGUAGAAUAGGCAUAGAAUAAUUAUUAUGAAAUAAAAAGAUACAUUUUUAAUCCAAUAA